CUGUAUUCGUCUAGAACGCGGAGAGAAAGCGCUGGUUAUGAAACCAAGGUUGCUGUAUUCAUUAAAUGUUACGAUAAUUUGCAGUGUGGCGAAUGGGUAUUGACAACUUCUGCAGCGUGGACGGUUCCGAUCCAUUUUGGGACUGGAAUCGUACAUGGCAGUCCCACAACCCAGACCUGACGCAGUGCUUUCAGAACACUCUCCUGGUGUGGGUCCCCUGCCUCUACCUCUGGAUAUCUGCGCCGUUCUACUUCCUAUACCUCAAAUAUAAUGAUCAUGGAUACAUUUGCAUGACCCACCUCAACAAAGCCAAAACUGCAUUCGGUUUUUUACUAUGGAUUAUCUGCUGGGCAGAUGUGUUCUACUCUUUCUGGGAAAGAGGCCAAGGACAGGCCCUUGCGCCUGUCUAUUUAGUCAGUCCCACGAUACUUGGCGUCACAAUGUUGCUGGCAACAUUCUUCAUCCAGUAUGAGCGGUUUAAGGGGGUCCAAUCCUCUGGCGUGAUGCUGAACUUCUGGCUCAUCGCCGUGGUUUGUGCCACAGUGUCCUUCCGCUCCAAAAUACUGCAGGCUCUCAAUGAGCCCUCCACUGUGGUGGUGUUCAGAUACACCACUUUCUACAUCUACUACACCCUGCUGCUCAUCUCUCUUUUCCUGUCAUGCCUCUCCGACCGGCCUCCUCUCUUCUCACAAGCCGUGAAGGACCCGAAUCCAUGCCCAGAAUUUGGAGCCUCAUUCUUGUCAAAGAUUACGUUUUGGUGGAUAAAUAAAUUAAUGCUGGUGGGCUUCAAAAGACCCUUGGAGGAGAAAGAUCUUUGGUCUCUGAACUCAGAGGACCGCUCUCAGAAAAUUGUGCCGCAGCUGGCGCGGCGUUGGGACUCGGAGUGCAACAAGGUCAAAAGGCCCUCAGAGAAGACCCUGUACUCCCCCAAGAAGCCGCCGAUGGGCGAGAAGAAGGACGGGCGUCCGCUGGAAGAGUCGGAGAUUCUCCUGGUGAAGACCACGCAGAAGACCGGCGAGCCCUCGCUCUUCAGGGCCCUCUGCCGCACCUUCGGCCCCUACUUCCUGGUCAGCACCGUCUACAAGAUCGUCCACGACAUCCUCAUGUUUGUGGGGCCCGAGAUCCUAAAGCAGCUGAUUCAGUUUGUGAACGACACCAGCGCCCCCUCCUGGCAGGGCUACUUCUUCACGGCGCUGCUGUUCGUGUGCUCCUGCGUGCAGACGCUCAUCCUGCAGCGCUACUUCCACGUGUGCUUCGUCACGGGCAUGCGGCUCCGCACCGCCAUCAUCGGCGCCGUCUACAGGAAGGCCCUGGUCAUCACGAACGCGGCACGGCGGACAUCCACAGUGGGGGAGAUCGUGAACCUGAUGUCUGUGGAUGCCCAGCGCUUCAUGGACCUCAUCACCUACAUCAACAUGGUCUGGUCGGCCCCUCUGCAGGUGGUACUUGCCCUCUACUUCCUCUGGCAGAAUCUUGGACCCUCGGUUCUGGCUGGUGUUGCUGUGAUGGUGCUUAUGGUGCCAGUUAAUGCUGUCAUUGCCAUGAAAACCAAAGCCUACCAGGUGGCUCAAAUGAAAAACAAAGAUGAGCGCAUCAAGCUGAUGAACGAAGUUUUGAAUGGCAUCAAGGUACUCAAGCUCUACGCCUGGGAGCUGGCCUUCAAGGACAAGGUGACCGCCAUCCGAGAGCGCGAGCUGUCCGUGCUCAAGAGGGUCGCUUACCUGGGCGCUGUGUCCACCUUCACCUGGGUCUGCGCUCCCUUCCUGGUGGCCCUGUCAACCUUUGCCGUGUACGUGCUUGUGGACGAUAACAACGUGCUGGAUGCCCAAAAGGCCUUUGUCUCCCUGGCGCUGUUCAACAUCCUGCGUUUCCCUCUCAACAUGCUGCCCAUGGUCAUCAGCAGCAUGGUCCAGGCCAGCGUGUCCAUGAAGCGCCUGCGAGUCUUCCUGUCCCACGAGGAGCUGGACGAGGACAGCGUGGAUCGCAAAGCCAUCACAGGAUCUCCAGACAGCAUCAGUAUUGUGGAUGGUUCUUUCAGCUGGUCCAAAGGGGAUGACCCCUCUUUGAAGAGGAUUAACGUGCACAUCCCAGAAGGCUCCCUGGUGGCGGUGGUGGGUCAUGUGGGCUGUGGGAAGUCAUCGCUGCUCUCUGCUCUGCUGGGGGAGAUGCACAAACAGGAAGGGUCCGUCAGCAUCAAGGGCUCAGUGGCCUAUGUGCCACAGCAGGCCUGGAUCCAGAACGCCACCCUGCGAGACAACAUCGUCUUUGGGCAGGAGAAGAAGGACACGUGGUACCAGCGAGUGGUGGAUGCCUGUGCCCUGCUGCCCGACCUGGAGAUCCUGCCUGGAGGAGAUGAAACUGAGAUCGGAGAGAAGGGUGUUAAUCUGUCAGGUGGUCAGAAGCAGCGGGUGAGCAUGGCCCGGGCAGUGCACUGUGACUGUGCCGUCUACCUGUUGGAUGACCCUCUGUCGGCCGUGGACGCCCACGUGGGAAAGCACAUCUUCGAAAAGGUCAUCGGUCCUCAGGGCCUGCUCCGGGGAAGGACUCGUGUUUUGGUGACCCAUGGGCUGAGCUUCCUGCCCCAGGUUGACCUCAUCCUCGUGAUGGUGGACGGCGAAAUCACAGAGGCGGGCUCCUACUCGGAGCUGCUGGGCCGACAGGGGGCCUUCGCCGACUUUGUCCACACCUACGCCAACGCCGAGCAGACCGAAGAAGAAACAGACUCUGCCCCUCGGAAAGGCCUGGAAAAUGGAGGUCCUGUGUCCUUGUUGGGACAGAGCCAGAGCACGCUGACCGCUGCGGGCUCAGCCAAGUCCCUGCUGAAGGCCGAGAGUGCUGGAGAGGGGGCCAAGAAGAACUUCAGGUCCCCCGAGGCUGCCAAGCUGACAGAGGCGGACAAAGCCAACACCGGCCGGGUGAAGCUUGCCGUUUUCUGGGAGUACAUGAAGGCCAUCGGAGUGUGCCUAUCGCUGACCAGCGUCUUCCUCUUUUUCGCACACCACCUGUCCUCUCUGGGCUCCAACUACUGGCUCAGCCUCUGGACGGACGACCCCGUCAUCAACGGCACACAGCCCAAUCGCAACAUGCGUCUGGGGGUCUACGGAGCAUUGGGCCUCUCCCAGGGUGUGGCAGUGUUCCUGUACUCUGUGUCCGUGUCCAUCGGAGGCGUGCUAGCGUCGCGCUACCUGCACGAGACCAUGCUCUACAACGUGCUGCGCUCGCCCAUGGCCUUCUUCGAGCGCACGCCCAGCGGCAACCUGGUCAACCGCUUCGCCAAGGAGACGGACACCAUCGACGCGGUCAUCCCCAGCAUCAUCAAGAUGUUCCUGGGCUCCAUGUUCAACGUGCUCAGCUCCUGCGCCAUCAUCCUCUUCGCCACGCCGUUCGUGGCCAUCAUCAUCCCUCCCCUGGGCCUCCUCUACUUCUUUGUUCAGCGUUUCUACGUGGCCUCCUCGCGGCAGCUGAAGCGUUUGGAGUCGGUGAGCCGCUCGCCCGUCUACACGCACUUUAACGAGACGCUGCUGGGCACCAGCGUCAUCCGGGCCUUCGGCGAGCAGCAGCGCUUCAUCCGCGAGAGUGACAGCCGCGUGGACCACAACCAGAAGGCCUACUACCCCGGCAUUGUGGCCAAUCGGUGGCUGGCCGUCAGACUGGAGUUCGUGGGGAACUGCAUUGUGGUGUUCGCCGCACUCUUCGCCGUGAUGGCCAGAGACAGCCUGAGUCCUGGGCUCAUGGGCCUGGCCAUCUCCUAUGCGCUGCAGGUCACUGCAUCUCUGAACUGGCUGGUGCGGAUGUCUUCUGAGUUAGAGACCAACAUCGUGGCGGUGGAGAAGGUGCAGGAGUAUGCUGACACAGAGAAGGAGGCGUCCUGGAGGCUGGAGAGCUCUAAACUGCCCUCCGGCUGGCCCACGGUCGGACACAUCGAGAUCCGCAACUUCGGCCUGCGCUACAGAGAGGACCUGGAGCUGGCUAUCCGAAACAUCUCUGUGACCGUCGAGGGCGGAGAGAAGGUGGGCAUAGUUGGGCGCACGGGAGCGGGCAAGUCCUCCCUCACCCUGGGCCUCUUCCGCAUCAUCGAGUCGUCGGAGGGAGAGAUUCAGAUCGACGGGGUGAACAUCUCCCUCCUGGGCCUCCACGACCUCCGCUCCCGCAUCACCAUCAUCCCACAGGACCCAGUGCUGUUCUCCGGCACUCUCCGUAUGAACCUGGACCCGUUUGAUGGCUACUCUGACGAGGAGGUGUGGAGAGCUCUGGAGCUCGCCCACCUGAAGAACUUCGUCUCUGGUCUGCCGGACAAACUCAACCACGAGUGCUCUGAAGGUGGAGAAAACCUCAGUUUGGGCCAGCGACAGCUGGUCUGCCUGGCUCGCGCUCUCCUCCGCAAGACCAAGAUCCUGGUGCUGGACGAGGCCACAGCGGCGGUGGACUUGGAGACGGACAACCUGAUCCAGUCCACCAUCCGCACCCAGUUUGAGGACUGCACCGUGCUGACCAUCGCCCACAGGCUCAACACCAUCAUGGACUACACCAGGGUUCUUGUCCUGGACAAAGGCCAGGUGGCAGAGUUUGGGUCUCCAUCCAGUCUCAUCGGCCAGAAAGGGAUCUUUUACAGGAUGGCCAAAGACUCUGGCCUGGUGUGAAGCUGACCUCAGGAGGAGCAGAAGAUGCUGAGCUGGCCAGUUCUCCUUCUCUCCCCUCCCUUCCUCCCCCUCUCCCUUCCUCCCUUCCUCCCUCCCUUCCUCCCUUCCCAGACGGAGCCUGUAGGCGGGGAGUGUGGGGACUCGGGUGUGUGUGUGCGCGAUCCCAGUCCCCCUCCAUUCCACACGCUCAGAAAAAAGUGUCUGCUCUCCCUCCCGACUGCACCUCUGCUCAUUGUCAGACUUUUGUCUUUUUUGUUCUACCCAUCGUCGCUUCCUUUUCCUCCAUUUUUAUUUUUGUUUACACUUAUUGUUCCCCUUUCAUUACAUCAUCUCUCUUUUUUUUUUGUUUUUGUCUGUCUUGAUGUCCACUCGACAACAGCUGCUUUGUAGAAACGAGGAGUUUCGCUUUUUUUGGAGACGCGCCUGCUUUGGAGAAUCACUGAAUGUGUGGUUUUCGGCACGGGCACCUCUGUGUCUGGAGUUGUGGUGAUCUUUCUUAUGCUCUUCUUCUUCAACUCCACAUCGAGAUGCCUGGUCAUGCACGACUAUGACUGUGGACCAUGUCUAGUCUCAGCUGCGGCUGCCAUGUGCAAGCUCCUAGCUGUCUUGGGAAUGCCGUCAGUUGAUGACGAGGUGCUUGGGACGGCCCUGGGAUUUCUCCCCAGUGCAAUAUUCUGCCUUAAUACUGGCAGACCAAACGCACACACACACGCAGACACACAUACACAUACGCUCACACACAUGCGCAAACACACCCAAUCACACACAUACACAUACGCGCACACACACACAUGCACACACAGAUCAACCAAAACAGGAGUAUUUCUACUCCCUGCCAGGCUAUCUGAUGUAUCCAUAGUGCUGGAGGAGGCCCAACUACCCUGAUUGGGUCUCGAGUGGGUCCAGACUACCCAGAGGAGAGGAGAGCAGACUACAGCCACCUGCUUUGAUAAAGUGGUGACUUGUUUCAAGCAAUGAAUGUACACUCCUCAGUUACCAAUUGCAAUCAUUUCUCAGCUUGGCAUACAAAUGUUUUUUUUUUUUUUGUUUGUUUGAUUUCUGUGGUAAAUAUUCCAAAUAAUGUCACUGGUGCAAUCUACUGUAGCCCAAAACGCCUCUGAACGCUCAAAGCGCAGCACGGAGGUGCAAGUAUUUUUUUUGUGUGUGUGUUCUUUUUCAAAAGGUGAAAACGCUUCAAGUCACAGACUAUCGGUCUGUUUGAUAUUUGCUCGUGAGUUUCGAGGCAUUGCCAACCCACGGAGGAGGCAGUUCCAUAGUACGCUCUGUUUCCGCAACGUCGUUUGGUCAGUUACUCCUUUGUACUGGCGCUCCUCUGCGUCAUUGUUAUACUCAUAUCAGACGAACGUACUUUUAGGCUCCAGGGUGGUAUUUUUAAGCUAACUCAAAAAAACGCUGGAGCUCAGAAGAGCAUCGUUUUGUUUAUUUGUAGCCUUUUGAUAUGUAUUUUACAAGAUGGAGUCAAGCUGUCAACACUCUGCUUGAGUUACUGUGGCAGUAACUGCACUAAACAGACCAUCUUUGGAAAAACAUAUAUAAACAUGCUGUUACAUAUUUAUAUUAUUUGUACUGUAUGUAUGCUUAUUAUGAUUAAUAUUAUUUCAUAUUUGUAUACAUGCACUAGUUUUAAGUGUGCUUAAUUUCAUAACAGGAAUCAAAUGUAUAAAGAAGAAAAAAAAUAAACUGUUUUUCUUAA